AUGAGGUCCCUGACUCCCACUGAGUUUGACUUUGAUGAGGAGCUGACCCCCAAGAACACCUUCAUCAACCGUCGCCGGACCCCAGGGUCCAUGGCGUGGUCCAGUGUUCGUCGCGAGGCUCGGAUGGAUAAGGUCCUCUCUGACAUCAAACGCCACCGCAAGAUUGACGAGCAGCUCCUCAGGAGUGGACGCGACCUCUUCAAGAGUGACAAGUCGCGCUCAGCUCCCGCCCCCAAGGACCCCCUGUCGCCCAACAGCCAACGGCAGCGGGAGCGGGACAAAGACCCCAGCACAGUCUUCAGCCCCAGGCAGAGGAGAUACUGGCCAUGCCCCACACUGUGCCUCACUCUGGGGGGCAGAGUGUGA